GUUUUCUCUGUCUUGUUGGUGAAACGAAGUCCCCUCUGGCCUAAGCAUUCAAUCUGGUUGAAUUUUAAUACUUUUGCGAUGCUUUUCUUGGAAAUGCUACACAACUCCAGUUUUGACUCUAGUCUGCUCCAGUGGAGUUCGGUGAUCGCACUCUACGUCACUUUCUGGCAAUCAUUUAAGUGGAACCACUGAUUGAGCACCAACUUUGUAACUAUGCAUCACUCAAACUUCCGUCUCGGUAUAUGGCUCAGACUACAUGGCGAGGAUCUUAUUACCAUGGCCCUCAUGGGCGCCCUUGGACUUGGAAUAUAUGAAGCUUCUCCUGCACCCAGCAGAUCUUUCCCCGUAUACUUCCAGGACGGUCAAGUCGUAUACCCACAAUUUGUCUAUCCUCUUCGUAAAGAAAUCAUACCCAUCGCGGCAGCUCUAAUUGCAUUCUUCGCCCCCUUCUUCUUCGUCUGCCUCUUUCAAGUUCGCCGGCAAAGUAUAAACGAUCUCCUUACUACCACUAUGGGAGUUCUCAAGAGCUUGAUCACCGCUGCUGUCUUUCAGGUUUUCAUAAAAUGGCUCAUUGGAGGACUCCGACCCCAUUUCUAUGCCGUCUGUCAACCAUCCAUUGAACAAAAUACCGCUCCAUCAGGAACAGGAUUCGCCUCUCUUAUGUAUGACCGAAGUGUUUGUACUGGAGACAAGAACGAAAUCGACGAUUCCCUGGAAUCAUUUCCGUCUGGCCACUCGACUGCGGGAUGGGCAGGGUUGUUUUACCUGGCUCUCUAUCUGAAUGCGCAACUCAAGGUUACGAGUGCGCAUAAUCCCGCCUUUUGGAAAAUGGUAUUACUCUUUUGCCCGCUUUUGGGGGCAACCCUGAUCUCGUGCGCGCUAACAAUUGAUGAAUAUCACAACUGGUACGACGUACUUGGUGGCGCGGUCAUCGGUAUCUGCACAGCUCUGGUUGCUUUCCGACAAACCUUUGCCGCGGUGUUUGAUUUUCGAUUCAACCAUCUGCUUCUUCCUCGCACGACCUCCAUCUUUCUCCGCAAGCCUGUGACAUCUACCGGUCAAGAGCCGUAUUUUUCGUAUCACAUACCUCGGGAAUAUACAAGUGAAGAGCUUCCGUUUACGCGUGAAGGAGGUUGGGGCUGGGGUCAGGAAGCAUAUGCUGGUGCAUCAGGCGAUGCCACGGCGCUAGGAACGAAUGGUGAAGUCCGAGGAGAUGCAGGGCAGAGAGGUGAUCUAGGUCAGGAGAAUGUGCAUGUUGUAUGAAUGUCGCCUUGCCUGCCCGUAUUUUUGUAUCAUACAUAUGACCUCAUCAAUAUCAUUCCACGUGGGUGCU